AUGAAGGAAAUCCUCAGACUUCUCCAUGGCUUUUUACUCAAAGUGCUCCUGUUCCCGAGCUCUGUGGGGCGCUCCUUUGGCCGCCCUCUGGCCUCGGAGGUUCUGACUUGUCACCUGCAGCAGCGCAGACUUCCUCCGUGGACAUCGUUCUGCGUGCGCUACAGCUCCGUGCGUAACGACCAGUUCGGCUGCUCCAACUUCAACUGGAACGUCCAGGGAUCGAACUACCACAUCCUCCGCACCGGCUGCUUCCCCUUCAUCAAGUACCACUGCACCAAAGCUCCGCCGCAGGACCUGCACCUCGAGGACAUGUUCUUCUCCGCACUCAAAGUCAUCAACCUCGGUCUCCCGUGUUUGGCGUACGGCCUCGGCUGCUGGAUGGUGAUCGGAGCCUCAGAGACGGUGCAGACUUCAGCCGGACCCGUCACCGUCUAUUUCGCCUACAAAGAACAAGAAGGAGCUCAGUAUUAAAAGCCUCUGCUCUGCUGCUUUUUCUCAUGAAUAAUGUAAAGUUUGAAGCUGCUGCGCUUGCGUCCGUUCUGCGUGUUGUUACAACACUGACCCUGUGUGAAAGGUAACUAUCUGUUAUUAACAUUUGAUGAGAAACAUGAGAAUUCCUCCUGUUUUCACUGGCCGUUCUGACUGAGGCUCCUGUUUCAGACGCACAAAGAGCCGUGUAUGAGCGACAUAGGAUUACAUUUAGAGCACCACCGCUUGACCUCUGCUCAUCUGCAAACUCUCAAACUCUAAAAAAGACUCAAACUCUAAAAGACUCAAACUCUCUCAAACUCUGAAACGCUGAAAGACUCUGAAACUGUGAAACUGUGAAAGACUCUCAAGAGACGUGCUUUAUCUCUAAACUUUGGCAGUAGCCUCCCUGGAUAUAAAAAAUAUAUAUAUUUCGUUUUAACAUUCAUGAUUAUUUUUUAAAUCAUAUAAUAAUUUUGAUCACCAUUUGAUUAAAAGACUAAAUCGUUUAUGAAAUAUAGACUAUUAAAGAUGCACUGUGCAACUUUCCAUCACCUGCUUUAUGUAUUUAUGUAUUUAUUUCAGUUCUUUUACAGUGGAGCAGAGUGUGACGAGCUGCUGGUGGCUCCCGGGCUCCAGGUUGGAGACUCCUGCCUGAAUGUGUAGGAAAAUAUAAAACUCUAAAGUUCUGAUCUUCUGAAUAUGUGAGGACUCAAAGUGGUUCAGAUUUUAUUAAUCAAAAGUUAAACUAAACAAAAUCUUUCCAUCUGUAUCAGCGACGUGUGAUCGAUGUUUUACGUCUUAUGGCUCUUUAGGUCGUUUGUUUUGGUUCUGUCCGGUGCUACAAACAGUUUGGACUGAUAUAUUCCACAGGUUCAGGCCCCUGAUCCUCUCACUGUUUGUCCUGCUGUAGUGACCAGGAUAUGGAUCAUCUUCAUACACAAAAAAAUAAAUAAAUAAAUCAUUAGGAUUGUGACAGUUGCAGAGCUCAAACUGGAAAUCAUGAACUCCACCGUCUUUUAUUAACUGUUUUAAUGAACUGACUUUGGGGCCGAGCUGAAAAUAAACGUCAUGAACAAAACCAGGGACUGGACUCGUUCUUCAAAAUCUGCUCCACAUUUUUGAGUUCAUUAAGAUAAUUCAAGUUAUCACACUGUGUUUUGGUGGUUUUUAGAUUUUGAAAUGUGGUGGUGUUGUGUCGUCAUGUGUCUGUGUAUAAAUGUAUGUAUACCUGUAUAUAUGUGAUAUACAUAUGUGUAUGUGUAUGUGUUAGUAGUUUUCAGACUCUCGAGGGGCGAGGACCUGAUUUUCGUUUGAUCACUUUGUAAUUUGCCACAAAUCUUCAAAGAGACACGUGCAACAACUGAUCUUCAUCUCA